GCCCUCCAGGGCCGCUGCGCGCAGGUCCCGGAGGCUUCUGGGUCGCGAGUUACCCCCGCCCCCCGCGCGAGAGCUUUCUUUUCUGUCUCUGACGCAGCCGAGGUCGCACGCGCGAGGCUUCUCCGCUGCCGCUGCCGCUGCCGAGAUGCGUUACGUCGCCUCCUACUUGCUGGCCGCCCUUGGGGGCAAUUCCUCCCCCAGCGCCAAGGACAUCAGGAAGAUCCUGGACAGCGUGGGCAUCGAGGCGGACGACGACCGGCUCAACAAGGUCAUCAGUGAGCUGAACGGGAAGAACAUCGAGGACGUCAUUGCUCAGGGUAUCAACAAGCUGGCCAGCGUGCCUGCCGGUGGGGCUGUGGCCGUCUCUGCCGCCCAGGGAUCUGCAGCUCCCGCUGCAGGUUCUGCCCCAGCCGCAGUAGAGGAGAAGAAGGAAGAGAAGAAAGAGGAGUCUGAGGAGUCAGAUGACGACAUGGGGUUUGGCUUGUUUGAUUAAAGGCUCCCUUUCUUGCAAAUAAAACCUUUUUUAUGAA